CUGUAUAUUCAAUAUUCCGCAAUAAUAAUUUGGAAACCACCUAGUAUUGAGCCCAAAUUCAAAUUAAUCUAAAGAGUAAACCGGGUGAAAACGAAAAAAAAAUAGAAAUAAAAUACAAUACUCCGGACGGAGUAAUUAUAAAGUAAGACCAAAAAGGAAGGGUAAAACGAAGGAAGUGCAGAGAGACCGUGACGGAGGGGGGACAAAAAUCGAUCGGCCGAUCAAAAAAAUUAAAAAAAAAAAAGCCGAAGAAAUUUCGCUUUCCUCUUUCACAAUUCACACUCAUCGUCUUCUCCACAUUAUUAAUUUUAAUUUUACUUCUCUCUCUAAACCUCUCUCUCCUCUCUUCUCAACUCUACUUGUAUUGUUGCAGUCAUCUUCUUCCUUCACUUCUCACUCUUUCUCUCUCCUCGAUCUGCAAUUCAUUCAAUCUCCAUCCUUCCAAACCCUAGAAAACUCCAUUAAUGGUGAAUGUUAAUUCUUCAUUACUAUCAUCUUGAUUCGCUGAAGAAUGCUCCGACUCUAUUGAAUGGCUCAGUACAGGCAGCAGUCAGGGAGUACUAGCAACAGUAACCACCAUUUUAGCAACGGCAUUAGCAUCACCGCCGCUUCCGCCGCCGGUGCUGGUGGUUCUGAGCACGUCAGUAUUGGAGUUCGUGGGCCGUCGCAUAAACAGUCGCGGCAUCAUCAUCGGAGAUUAGGUUAUUCCAAACGAAGGAUCUCGAUCGGAACUGUUAUUACUCUUCUUUGUUUUGUUCUUGCUGCUUCGGCUUUCGGUUACGUUUUUUUAUCCAGGGAUCAUAGUUCGGACAUAGAUACAAAAGAUACCCAAGAUGAUGCUUUCCGGGAUGAUUUUCUUACAAAUGUGACAAGAAUUACCACUCCCAUGGUCAAGUUUGGCCAUGACUCCGUGGGUCAUGGCCGUGAUUCAAGGUAUUGGGAUGGGGAUGAUCGGAGAAGGGAUGAAGAUUACAAUGAGGAUGCACAUAAAAGUAGUGCAGAUAGUGAUGAUGAAUCUGAGAAAGGUCAUGGAUCCAGUAGAGUGAAGAGUCCAACAAAGAAGUCCAAUAACCCUAUAAGUAAGAGCACAGAUCAUCAUGGUUUGUACAAUGAAGCAGGGCGUAACGAAUUGAAAAUGUAUGAAGAAAAAUAUGAAGCUUCUUUGAAGAAUGUUGGCCAAGAAGGUGUGGAAUCCGAGGAUGGAAAUCAUGUUUUAGAUGGGGGUCGUUCGGAUAUGGAGACUGAAGAUGCUGACGCAGAUGAUGAAUAUGACGAUGCGAUUGAUUCACAUGAUGUUCAUGUAGACGAAUAUGAUGAUAGUAGGCAUGAAAGUGUGGGGAACUCCAAACUGCCUAAAUCUCACUCAGAACAUGGUGGAACUGUUUUUGUAGGUCAUGAUUCGAUUGUGGAUUAUGACUCAAAUGAUAGUUCUUCUAAACAGCAGAGUUCUAACAACAGUGGGAAAAGCAAACAAGUCAGUGCUUCAAAUACUGGUUCUGGAAAGCAGCCAAAGAAACGUAGAAAACACCGCAAGUUUUCAUCUUCAAGUUGUGAUAUGAAAUUGCUGAAUUCUACCGCGCAACUUGUAGAGCCUCUUGAAAGUAGAAAAUUUGCUAGAUUUUCACUAUCGUAUACAGAAAGAGAAGAGAAGCCUGUCGGGGAAGAUAGCUGGGAACCUAGGUUUGCUGGGCAUCAGACCUUAAGAGAAAGGGAAGACUCAUUCCUUGCACGUGAUCAAAAGAUUAAUUGUGGCUUUGUUAAGGGUCCUUCAGAGUAUUCUAGUACAGGAUUUGACUUGGCUGAGGAUGAUUCCAGAUACAACAGUAAAUGCCACAUUGCUGUUGUUUCUUGCAUCUUUGGAAACUCAGAUCGCCUGAGAUCUCCUUUUGUUAAAGUGAUAAGUCGUUUGUCUAGGAAAAAUGUUUGCUUUGUGAUGUUUAUGGAUGAAAAGACUUUGCAAACCAUUUCUUUAGAAGGCCAUAUACCCGACAGAAUGGGAUUCAUUGGUUUGUGGAAGAUUGUUGUGGUGAAGAAUCUUCCUUAUACAGACAUGAGGAGAGUCGGGAAGAUACCAAAGCUUCUGUCUCAUCGACUCUUUCCUUCAGCAAGGUAUUCCAUUUGGUUGGAUAGCAAAUUGCGUCUCCAACGCGACCCUCUGUUGUUAUUGGAGCACUUCUUGUGGCGAAAGGGUCAUGAAUACGCAAUAUCAAAUCACUAUGAUCGUCAUUGUGUUUGGGAAGAAGUGGAGCGGAACAAGAAGCUUAAUAAAUUCAACCACACUAUGAUUGAUCAGCAAUUUCAAUUUUAUCAGGCUGACGGGCUUAAGAGAUUUAAUGCCUCUGAUCCUGAAAAGAUGCUUCCAAGCAAUGUACCAGAAGGGUCUUUGAUAGUAAGGGCACACACACCAAUGUCAAAUCUAUUUUCAUGUCUAUGGUUUAAUGAGGUGGACCGUUUUACUCCAAGAGAUCAGUUAAGCUUUGCGUAUACAUACCAGAAGUUGAAAAAGAAAAAUCCUAGCAAAACAUUUUAUCUCCACAUGUUCAAGGAUUGUGAGAGGAGACAGAUAGCAAAGUUGUUCCACCACAGGUCCGAUGAAAAGCAUAGUACGUCACGGGAUGCUACGGAGUAGGCGAAGGGAAGCAGUGUUCACAUAGUGUGAGUUUCCACUUUCUUCUGUACGUUAUGCUUGGACGUGCCUUGCCAUUCUUGGAAAAUAUAAUCGCUCCCCACGAGUUUCAUAUUAGGUCGUGGAUGCCGGUACAAUACACUAUACUGGAUUUUUUCAAUGAGGACAUAAUUUUGCUUGAUAACAAUGGGUUCUGCUGGACCAAAGUGGCAGGGCAGCUAAACACUUCAGGUUAACAGCUAUGGAAGGAAUCGUUCAUUUUGUAGUUCCUCAUUUGUAUUAAUUUUAUUCCAAUUCAUUCUAUGUUUGAUGGCUAGACGAGCCAUCAUCCAAUACUCCUGUAACUCUAAUAUUGAUUUUGAGAAAACUACUGGUGUCAUAUGUAUUUUUAGGGACGAUACGACCUGGGGAAAAUUUUUUGAUUGGUCAUUUACAGUGUAUUCUAGCUUUUGGAAAACAUUUUUAGAUUAAUACAUUGAUGUUGGUUCGUAUAUAUUCACUCACUAUUCAGAAGAUUAUUGGAACAACUUUUUUUGCUU